AUGUCUUCCGAAAGGCUGAAAGUUAAAAAUGGACCACGUGAUUAUAUUUGCUUAAUUCUUUUGUUCAUUAUUAAUUUAAUUAAUUACAUGGAUCGAUUUACAGUUGCAGGUGUUUUGACACAAGUUCAAGCAUUUUUCUCGAUUGAUGAUACCGGAGCAGGUUUAUUACAAACAGUAUUUAUUAUAUUUUAUAUGGUAGUUGCACCCUUAUGUGGUUUUCUUGGCGAUCGAUAUAAUCGGAAAUGGAUAAUGGUUAUUGGUAUAGCAGUUUGGAUUAUUGCUGUAAUGGCAUCAUCUUUUGUACCUGCUAAUCUAUUUUGGUUAUUUCUAUUAUUAAGAGGUGUUGUUGGUAUUGGUGAAGCAUCAUAUGCGACAAUUGCGCCAACAAUAAUUGCUGAUAUAUUUUCAAUACCAAUACGCAGUCGAGCAAUUAUGUUUUUCUACUUUGCUAUACCAAUUGGAAGUGGUAUGGGUUAUAUUGUAUCAUCGAAUGUUUCCUCAUUACUUGGUGGUUGGCAAUGGGGCAUUCGAGUGACACCAUUUCUAGGAGUUUUAUCUAUUGUAUUUAUCAUUUUGAUUAUGAAUGAACCAAAACGUGGCGAAGCAGAAAGUGUUGUUACUAAUAAUAUAAAACGAACAUCAUAUUGGGAAGAUAUUAAAGCAAUUUGUAAAAUUCCAACAUAUGUUAAUGCGACACUUGCUUAUACAUCAGUAAUAUUUGCAACUGGGACAUUGUCAUGGUGGGGACCAGCAGCUGUUGAACAUUCUAUUGCUAUGAAAGAAAAUUUAAAUAGUACUAGUGAACUUAGCAGUGAACAAAAAAAUAGGUAA